AUGGAAGAAAAUGAAUCCUUUGUGUAUCCGUACGCUGCCUUUGGACUUUGUGCCACCGAUCUGGGGGUAGAGCAGCCUUAUAUGGUGUACGAUCCAUCGCAUCAAAUUCCUUCUAGCUGCUAUAAUGGUUGCAGUCCCUCAGUGGAAUCAGUGUUCUCCAGAUUCGCGGAUCUACCUCGUGGUAAGACAAUUGCUUCCGAUAAAGAAAAACGUAAUUCACACCCGGAGCGUACAACUUCCCAAGGUUUUUGUCCGAGAUGUGGUAGCCGAAUAAUUGAUGCUGGAAACUGGUGCUCUUCUUGCGGCGAACUUCUGAUUGGCGCUAGUUUGUGUUCUUCUGAUUUGAGCGACUGGAAUGCAACCGGAGCUUCUUUCCAACCACUUCAAAUGGCCCACGCUGAGCCCGUGAAUUUCACUGCCGAAAUUUUUCCUUUCAGUGUUGGAAACACGGGAAGUUAUCUACAUUCAUAUUCGCUUGAUGAAAAUCGUGGCAUCUUUGACGAAAAUCAGAACAUGCAUCAUCGUGCUACGUCUAUGAUCGCCGCAGAACCACCGAUAGCUGCAGCUUCGUUUGCGUCCACAUCUUCUUUGACCACGCCACAAACACGAACUCAACGGGCAGAAGAAACCGCGACAAACACAGGGACUGUUGAACAAACAAGUCAAGCAUUUCAUGUUGCCGAAACGAGUGUACCUCCUCCCGCACCGAUUGAAUCGUUGCAAUCAGUAUUUGAUGAACUUCACUUAAAGAACGAGCCACCAGUUUCGCUUGGCGCUUUACAGUACUUGGAUUCAACGCAUCAAGAGUAUGCAGCACCGUGUUUUAAGACCAUUCAUGCUGAAUCACCUCGGUUUGCAUCUUCACAUCCGGAGUCGUUAGGAUUUUUCAAUACCGUUUACGCAGCCUAUUGUAAUCCACCCAGUAAAAUGGACUGCACCCCAAUGGCCCGUGUGAUACAGCAGCUCAACGCCGGCCGACAGCGUUGCAUUUCAGGACCGGUAAGAGAUAACCAAUUUCCCACUGAAGGUGCAAUGACAGGUGAAUUUCGUCGUUUCGAAUACCCGUUCUUCGCUCCACCCAUGGGUAAUGCUCCCAGAUCUUUUGUUUCUUCUUUCGGCUCCCCGGCUCAGGAACCUCCAUUGUACUUAACGGACUCAUGGUCAGCCUCUUCUACGAUUCCAUUCACAUCACAGGGCUUUCCUUCUGCGGCUCAAUCAUCCCUAAAACCGGAAAUGUUCCCCGCCGCAGAUCCAUAUCCUUCUAACAUCCCUACUUACAACUCCAUUCCAACGCUGCGUCGCGAUCUGCGUAGAGGUGAUGGUUCUCGACGUACGGGUAGUCGACAGAGGCAAAAGCAUGUUUCGGAGUGCUCCAAGUCACGGAUGAUUCCGACAGUGCAUGNUGCAUGGUGA